AUAAUUCCUUGCUAAUUACUCUGUAUCUAAAUGUCACUUUGACAAAGCGUGAAUGAUUUAAACUUUAACUCCAAGUUUCUUCCAUAGAUGAGUAUUGAUAGUGUGUCGGUAAAAUGAGACCAUUGAACCAAGAACGUUUAGCUGCUAGUGUAUCAGUGAUACCGAGCUGCUAGUGUAUCAGUGAUAUAGAACCUGCUAGAGUGUAUCAGUGAUACCGAGGGGAGGUAAUGGAGGGCAACUGCAGCGAGGAUGAGAGCGGCGACGAGGGUUGCCAGGACAGCUGCACGUGCUUCUGUUGCUGCAGUGCCAGCUGUGGAUGUAAUGAGCAGCACAGCGAUGGAUCAAACUUCAGUGCACAGAUGGCAAUGAUUAAAGAGAUAUGGGAGGAGUGGUCAGAAGUACAGCAGAUGUUGGCGCUGUUCACUCUACUGAAGAGCGGCAACGGCCCGAAUAACUCAGCCUAUCUGAUGGUGGCCAAUAUGUUAUACGCCCAUCACAACAACGAUGAAACGUUCCAGUUGUUCCAGGAGGCCAACGAUCCCGUAUGGGUUGCUCGCAUGGAGAUGAAGUGCAUGGAGGAGGCCGGGCUGGAGGCCGACGACGAUGACUGCGACCGGUCGGACAGCGACCGACGCGAGAGCGCAUCCAGCGGAGAGAGGCGGGAGAGUGGCGCUAGCUCAUCGUACAGGAGGGAGAGCGGCGCCAGUAGCUUCUGUAGACGUGAGAGCGCCUCAAGCUGGGACCGCAGGGAGAGCACGGCGAGCUCGUGUCGCAGGGAGAGCGAAUGCUGUGAUGAAAGACUUGAAGUUGAGUCUCGUGAAUGGCGACGAGAGAGCAGGUCCGAGGAAAUUACUGAGGAGACUGAGGAUGUCGAAUUUAAAGAGUCUCAAGAUAUUGGUCCUAACAACAUUUCUAAAGAAACUGUGACUGGCCUAACUCGGGCUAAACUGACACCGGAUUUUGGAUCGAGGCGCGAAAGCGAAGUGACCGGCGAGGAGCGGCGCGAGAGCACGUGCAGUAGCACUGCGGACAGACGUGGUAGCGCAGGAAGCAAUCACAGUGGCUUUGACGAUAGGCGUGACAGCUCUGAAAGCUUCUUGUGCAGACGCAUGAAAUUGGGCAACUACAAGCCUGAUGCGCACUCUGCCUGGCAACCUGAACAUUGUGAUGCCUGCGAGGCGGGUGAACAAUGUAUCACUGAUGAGAAACUCGAGUGUUUCGCUGCCGAAAGUUCCUUGUUCGAGACCUUAGACGACUUACUACUUCACCUACCGCUCGUGCAUGUCAACAACGUCGAAGCGAAGCGAGUUUUUCUGUCCGUUAUUGAAAGAGUGACGUGCAUAGCCUUGCGCAUGAACAUGACAGGCAUCACGCAGAAGGUGUUUCAGCUGACGACGUACGCACUGCUACAUCCUGGCGUGACCGCGAGCGAGAGGAAGCGUCUCACUGCUUGCCUCCAGUCUCUUCGAGACGCACCCAAUCGGGAAAAUGACGAGUGCAACGAGAAAGCGAUGUCCGGUGAGACGGAGGUACCAAUGGAGGGAACUCGUGAGGUCAUCGUUGGUCCUCCUCUCAUCAAAGACAUCGGAAUCUGGUUAAAGUCGCUGCGUCUGCACAAGUACGACUGGCUCGUGUCAGGGCUCGACUACCAUCAGCUGCUGAGUCUUGAUGACGAGACGCUUGAAGCCAAGGGCGUUACCAAGGGAGCGAGACACAAACUCCUGCAGAGCAUUGCUCGUCUCAGUCUCCGACACGAGCUGCUUAAUACUAUAGAGAAGGAGCUGCAACAAGGUGGUGUGUUUGGUGUCGAAGCAGCCAUAGCGCAAUUGAAGACGCUGGUGAUAACUCCAAUGCCUCCUCCUCCUCCGGCAGCAGCUACUGCAUCCACAGUAGAAGACCCUAUUUUCUCCCAGACUGCGGAGGGCGUUCCUGCUGGGCCUCCAGUUGGAGCUCCACUCCCAUCAGCUAUGGGUGGAGCAUUUCCUAGUGGUGGAUAUGCUCCUGCUGCUGCUGCUAUGGGACCUCUACCAGCGUCGUCAGGCGCUCAUCAUCAAGUGGCGACUGCAGGUUCAGCGUCUAGUGGCGUACGUGCGGCCGAGUCCGAGGCAGCAAGUAAUCCUGACGCCGGUGCCGCAGCAAAUGGCGCUGCCUUAGGGACUGGAACCGAAAACGAAGACCUGCCAACUCACUUCACGCGAGUCCUUGGCAAAGUUGUGAGCGCAGUGGCUGUUGCGUGCAACAGUAUGCCCUUCACAGCCACGUGGUACCACUCAGGACGCAGUUCUAGUGCCCUGCUUAUUGCAAGUCUCCUGUGGCUCCUAGACAAAUGCCUGCAGCACGAGUCCUUCGCUGCUCAUCACAAGCGCCUCUGGAUGUGGCGUAAUCAGCUCAUAUUGCCCUCAGCUCGCUGCCGUGCUCAGCAACAUAGCACUAGCGCCGUACCUGACCAGCGCUCUGGUAAUAGAAGAUGGAGUCAGCAAAUGGAAACUCAGAUAUACACGCAGCAGCUGCAACAACAGUUGCUGCUCCAGCAGCAGCUGCAGCAACAACUUGUCCCGGGGAGCAGCAGUUGGGGACCUAGUGUGGGGGCCCUGGGGCUGCUCAGCUUCCCCUACGUCAAUCAGGGCCACAGUGGCAUGAGGUUAUUUCGUCCUCCCACAAUGAUGCCGCCACUCGGUGGCCUCCCCACAACAUGGGGCCACUCGUCUGCCCCUCACACACGGCCUGGUGCCCCUCCGGCUGCCCCGGUGAAUAGCAGCGCCCCUACCGCCGGGUGCUCGCUGCUGUCGCCCCAGCCGUUCCUUGCCAAGCGGCCUUCGCUUCAGGAACCUCCGUGUCAGUUGCGUCCUCACGUUAGCUUGCAACGCACCCGUAGCGCCCCCUCUCGACCCCACCAACCCUUGGCCCGUCCAGUGUCACCCAGUGGGCCGUCUCCUAACGCUGGCCUCCAACCUUCACCUCCUCAGCCCACCGCCCCACAUGAGGCGCCCCAGGACGACGACAUCACCAACAGACUUGAGAGUCUCUGUCUGUCCGUCACGCAGCACGCGCUUGAGUAGCGAGGUUUCUACGCGUUACACAAGUUAACAGCUUUCCUUUUAUGAUUUCGCUAUUUUCGGACACUUCCUGAAAUGAACCGACAUCUACCUAAAAAAUGUAAUAGUGAGCCUACUUAUUUGAAUCGAUUGUAAAAACGGUACUGAGCGUAAACGGUACUCUGUUAUUAAAUUUUGUUGUGCUCGGUACUCGUAGUCGUUUUCCAGAUAGGGAGUUUAAAAACAACUUAGCUUAUACGUUGAUUUGAGUUGUACAUUAUAAUGUUACCAG